CCUAGUUAAUUCACCUUCCUUACAAGGCUACAGCUAGAAGCUUGCUUUCCCUCCCACUGAAAAGCAAGAGCUGACAGCAGUGAAGCUCUUGUGUAGACUGCAAGAAGUGCGGCACUGUGGCUCCGAGUCUCUUGGAAGAACCAGAUGCUGUGUGGCUUCAAGAACUAAGACUCUUUGUGGUCUCUGUGCAGCCCAGGCCAUGCAGACGGGGCAAGCUCUUUCUAAGGAAAAUAUAAAAACAUAAGAAACCAGCUGCAGAUAAUUGUGGGGUGGAGAUGCCUUGGAAAGGUAGCUCAAAACAGCAUUUGUGAAUCAGGAUCAGAGUGAAUCACUGCCCAGCUGUAAAUUUGUCUUGAGGUAUCCCACUAGUGCAUUCCUCAUGACGGCUCCACCAUGUCUGUUUGGGACUAGGUGAUGAAGAUGGAGGUUCUGCGCCGCUCUUCUGUCUUUGCUGCAGAAGUGAUGGAAGUGUUUGAUCGGACUCCCACUGACAAGGAGCUUGUUUCUCAGGCCAAGGUGCUCUGCAGAGACUACAUUAACUCAAGGCUGAUUCGGGCUGGAAUUGGCUGGAACAAGCCUGACCAAAGUGCACCUGUUCCUGGUGGCAAGUUAGCAGAGGUGUCCAACAUACUUCUACGAUUAGGUGAUGAGCUGGAGUACAUCAGGCCCAACCUUUACCGGAAUGUUGCACGGCAGCUAAAUAUCUCACUGCACUCAGAAACUGUAGUAACGGAUGCCUUCCUGGCGGUGGCGACUCAGAUCUUUUCUUCAGGCAUAACAUGGGGGAAGGUGGUGUCUCUCUAUGCUGUGGCAGCUGGCCUUGCUGUGGACUGUGUGAGGCAUGCCCAGCCAGCCAUGGUCCAUUCCAUAGUGGAUUGCCUGGGAGAAUUUGUACGCAAGACUUUGGUGAUGUGGAUGAAGAGGAGAGGCGGCUGGACUGACAUAACAAAGUGUGUGGUGAAUACUGAUCCCAACCUUCGCUCCCAUUGGCUUGUGGCUGCCAUUUGUAGUUUUGGCCACUUCCUGAAGGCCAUCUUCUUCGUGAUUUUACCAGAAAGAUGACGUCCAGUCACCCAGUGAAACCCCGUCUCCUCCUUAUGGACACAGCUGGCACAGAGAAGGGGAAGGCAUGAGAUGAGGAGGAAGAGGGCUAGGCAAAUGUACAUUUCACGCAUCUGGCUUUCCCAGCUGCCCAACUGCAAAGACUCUUCAGCAAUGGGAAACAUUUCUCCUCCUGCGUCACGCCUUGCAGCGAGUGCCCUUUGUACUUUCUAAGUGGCUAGGAUCAUGUUCAUAAGGGCGAGAGGCUGAUGAACUUGCCACUCACUUAUUUAUUUUGUUUUCUCUUGUUCAAAUUGUGUCAUAUUUUUAUGCAUAAAAGCAUAAGGAAUCUUAGUUGGAGCUGCUGCCAAAAAGAAAACUGUGUCUUCCAUUUGUAAAGUGGCAACUGCUCCUUAGUUUUCCAGGUAGUGUGUAGUUUCCUCCUUUCUUCCUGAAACGUGGUAUUCUUGAGCUUCUGAUUAAUGUUGUAAAAUGGACAGUUCCCCAAUAGGCUGAAAUGUGCAGUUCUCUAAAGCCAUGGCUCUAUCACCCUCUGCCUCAGAGGGAAUGAGAUACGGAUUGUGUAGCAUGGAUAGCACAUCUGCCUGCAACAUUUUACUUAGGGCAAGGGUGGGAAACCUGUGGCCCUCCAGAUGUUGAACUACAACUCCCAUCAUCCCUCACCUAUACCAUGCUGGCUGGGGCUGGUGGGAGUUGGAGUCCUACAACAUCUGGAGGGCCACAGGUUUCCCACCCCCAACUUAGAAUAAACUUUCAGCGGUUUAAUGUCUCUGCAGGAGAUACAAGCAUGUUGUAUCUUACGAGGAGGGCAGAAAGAGACAUCAAUAAAUUGUAUCAACUGCAGUGCACUUAUGUGCAA